UACCUCUUAGUUCAGCUCUGUCACACUGACAUUGUUGAAACACAGAAACGCACUCUUAUCAUGGCGUCCUCUCUAGAAGACAAUCUCUUGUGCUCAGUGUGUUUGGAGGUUUAUCAGGACCCUCAGCUCCUCUCCUGUGGACACAGUUUCUGCCGCAGUUGUAUCGGAUCUUUUCAGAAUGAUUUAUCUGCAAGAUGUCCCAUGUGUCAGCAGGAGAUCAAACAACAACCUGUGAUCAACCUGGUUCUAAGGAACACCUGCAUUUCCUACCAGAGGGAGAAAGAGAAGGUGAAAGAGAACAAGGAGAAAGAAGAGGUGAAAGAGAAGGUGAAAGAGAAGGUGAAAGAGAAGAAGAAGAAAGAAGAGGAGGAGGAAGACCAAGAAAAUAAAUGUUUACUGCAUGGAGAGAAAAUCCUGUUUUUCUGCAAAGAUGAUGAACAAGCGAUAUGUUCUCGAUGCAGAGAACAGAGUCACAUGUUACACCAAGUUCAACUUCUGACACACACUGUGACGCAGCGAAAGGACCAAAUUAAAGCAGCUCUCCGUCCAGCUGAGAAAGUUCUGGAGUCUUUACAAAAUGGUACAGCACUGGAGCGUAGAGUCACCAAACACAUUGAGUCCCAGGCCAAGCAGACUGAGAUGCAGAUAAAGAAGGAGUUUGAGAAGCUUCAUCAGUUCCUCAGAGUGGAGGAGGAGGCCACGAGAGCUGCACUGAAGAAGGAAGAGAAGAAAAAGAAAGGAAAACUUGUAGAAUGGAUUGAACAGGAGAUGCAGUCCCUGUCUGAUAGAGUGAUGAAGGUGGAAGAAGAGCUGGAGAAUGAUGAUGUCACUUUCCUAUCGAAUUAUAACCAGAUUAUGACACGGGCUCAGGACAGACUGUCAGAUUCCCAGGUAAACUCAGGAUCGCUGAUCGAUGUGGCCAAACAUGUGGGAAACCUGAGGUUCAGAGUGUGGAGGAAAAUGAAAGAUCUCUGUCCUUACUACCCAAUAGUCCUCAACCCAAAUUCCACCCCCAUCUCUGUGUCUGAAGAUCUGGUGUGUGCGAGCCGUGCUGUUUCCUGGUAUUACUCCCCCAACCUCCUGCAGAACAACACCAACCAUUUGGUUCUUGGUUCAGAGGCCCAAAAUGCCACCUUCAACUGCUGGGAAGUGAAGAUGGGAAGCAGCAAGCACUGGACCCUCGGUGUGUGUCCACAGUCAGCAGCUGAGAGUGACUUCAUACAACCUUUGACUCCUCAAAAUGGGUUCUGGGGUCUGUGUAGAAAUGGAGAUGUCUGUUAUGUCUUGGGGUCCACACAACCGAUUCAGUUAACGAGGACCCUGGAAAAGGUGCAGGUGAAGCUCGUUCGACGCAUUGAUCUCAGAAAAUGGAAGCUUUUCUGGGUCCUGAGUUUUGUAGAUGCUGGGAGAAGAUCAGAGAUAGCUUGUAUUGAUUUGGAAAUAUUUAGGAGGGAUCUCUUUCCUUUUUUCAUCCCAGAGGACAGGAAUGCUCCACUCUGCAUUAUUCCUGUAAAUGUGAACCUGACCAAUGAGGAGAAAUUUAGAAUCUUAGAGAGGCACAUGGAUAUGAUUCCUUUAUAUGGAAUUUUCAUGGUGCUUUGUGUGUUUUUCUUGAUGAUGGCAUUUUGGUUCUUAUGAGAUUUUAGUGUAAUCAUGCAGAAUACAGGAAAUUUCAUGAGAUUAAAGCACUUAAAUUUUAUUCUAGAGUAAGAUGUACUAAAAGGAAUAAUGAUAAUAUAAUGAUUUAAUCAUGUUACAAUGACACAUAUACAUGAAUAUGCACAUUUGCUUAAAAUUAACCAGAAAUAAAUAUGUGCUCUGUGUAAAAUUUUGUCGUAAAUUUAUAUUUUAAUCAGCAUGUACACUGUGAAUAUAAAAUCAUGUUUAUUUUAUAAAGGCUUUGUUCAGGUGUCGGUUCUGAUGCUCACUUGCCCGAUGUAGGAGCUUUUGGUGAUGGACAUGGAUCAGCAUGGGUUUCCUGAACGAUCUGCAUCCACGCAGCUCCGUACACAACCAAAUGUGUUUUAUUGUGUGUUCUCACUCCAUUCUCUCAGAGCUAGCGUUUACUUUUCCAGCACUUUGAGUUACAGGAUGUUUUCUUUGGAAUCAGAGAAGAGCGAAUAUCUCUUACUUUUUCAUGUCUUGUGUGCACUUUAGAGAACAUUGUACCUGCAUUUCAGAUUUGUGAUCAUUGUCAAUAUUGAAAAAUUUACAAAAAAUAAAUAUAUGCAUAAAUACAAAUGUA